GGGGCUAGGGUCGAAGUCCAGGCACCGGUAGAACAGGGGCUCUGCCCUCCUCCCAGCAGCCACGGCCGGACACAAACUCUCGCAGCCCGCGACAGAGGCGGCCGGGCCCGUCACCAGGUGGAUGUGACAGCCAUGGCACAGCUCUUUGGCUACGUGGACAUGACUGACUCUGGCUUCCUUGUGGCUGUCCUCUCCAUCGCCUUCAACCCGCUCUUCUGGAACGUGGUAGCCAGAUGGGAGCACAGAACGCGAGCGCUCAGCCGAGCCUUCGGCUCUCCCCGUGCUGCCUGCUACUGCCUGGGCACUGUUAUCCUGGUGCUCAACGGUGUGAGGAGCCACUGCUUCACAGAAGCCAUGAAGAGCCAGCCAAAGCUGGGGGGCUUGGACUGCCUCUGGGCGUAUUACUUGGGCUUGGCCGUCUUGGCUGUAGGGACCUUGUUUGUAAUCUCCAGCUUCUUAGCACUGGGAUUCAUCGGGACAUUCCUAGGUGAUUAUUUUGGCAUCCUGAUGGAGGCAAAAGUGACCAGCUUCCCCUUCAGUGUCCUGGAUAAUCCCAUGUACUGGGGCAGCACAGCUGUCUACCUGGGCUGGUCCCUCAUCCAUGCAAGCCCAGCUGGCCUGUUGCUGACAGCUGUAGUGGCAAUUUCCUACACAAUCGCAGUGCUGUAUGAGGGGCCUUUCACAGAGGAAAUAUAUCGGCAGAAGCAGAAGGGACGGAAGAACAAGUAGCAGCAGAGCAUUUUCUCGGAUCCCUUGGCACAGCGUGUCCCUCUGGUCCCCACGCUGGCCCAUUUGCCCGUUUUCCUACUGAGAUGUAUCUUACUGAUUAACCCAGCAACCCUUAAUGAGCCAAGUGAGCAGCCUGCAGUAUUUGAAGCCAUCAGAGGAACAAUCCAAGCAUGGUGGCACCUCCUUGCUGCAACCCAUGGGAACUGGAGGUCCCUGUCCCCAGGUUUCUGUCCCCAUUGCUGGGUCACUGCAGCUCCUACCAGGAGGGUGAUGCUCUCCUGGGAUCCACGUGGACCUCCCAGCCUCUUCUUGGGCACCAAUUACUGGGGGUCCGCAGGGGAAAAAGCAAUUUAAUGCCAGCCAUGGACUGGAGGGCAAGCAGAGUAAUGAUGGAGACACCAGGCGCAUUUUGUAAAGGAGCUCUGAGCAUGAGGAAGCUCCAGCUGAUCCUGGAGAUCAUUCAAGAUGCUGCCAAAGAGCCACGGGAAGCAAACAAAAACCUGGAGAGGGCUCACAAGCCCCUGAGGCAUUCAGACAUGGCUGGGGAAGGAUGAAGGGAAACUCCUUCAAAUUCAACAACAACAACUAAACCGGCUGUGACCCCAGUACCAAACCCCCUCUUUUCUGGGAAAGGGAAACCUCCCUGUCCAGAGCUGUGGUUUCCCACCUGUGGAUGUUUCCCUGACGCAUCUCUGCACUAUUUGGACAGGCUCUGAGAAAGGAGACUGAAAAGCACAUAGGUGUGAACCUGCGACCUAAGCCAUCACCUGAGGAGGGUGGAGGGGUGGCAGCCAUCCCAUGGGGAAACCCCAGGAUGGAGGAGACCAAGGGAAGAGUCAACCCCCAUCUGCACCCUGCAGAUAGCCCAUCCCUGGCCAUGUCAGUGACCUGGUCCCCUCCACACCCACCCAGCCCUUCCAUUUCCCCAGAAGCCACAUGAGGGUCCUGCCUUCCCCACCACCCAGUGCCUUCCAGCUGUUUUUCACUGCCUUCAGGGGCAGUGGGUGGGUGGGAGGGAAAGGGCUGCUCCUGCCUUCUGCACUCGGUGGGUACGGAUUUGCCUCUCUGCCCCUGCCACCAGCCCCAGCCAGUCCCAAAGAGCCCCAUGCUGGAUCCUGCCCUGAAUGGGAAGAUCCCAGGGAUGAUGCUCUAGACCCAGGCUCAGUGUUUACAGAUUCCCAGAACACUUUUGAGAAAUAACUGUAAAGGACCAAAAAAACCCACCCCACAGCAUAAAGCCCACGGCAGCAGCGCUGGAGAAGAGGCGCUGGGAUGCGGUGCCACAUCUCAGCAGCACGUUGUCCCCUCUGCAGAGGGUCCUCCCUUUUCUCACUGUCACCUCCACGAAACGGUUCAAUCUCCUUUUGCUUUUGCAUGUUGUAAUUCACCUUUCGGGCUUCACUCAGCAGGAAUUAAAAGUGUUGGUUUCUUUUCA